GAUAAUUGGUUCCCAGCGGAGCUCUCAGAGUGGACACCCCGGGGCAAGAUGGCGGUCGGGCCUCGACCGCUGCCCCGGGUCUGGCAGAGCUCGAGGGUAUUGGGCUGAGGCGGCGGGAGCUGCGGCCCCGACCCCGAGCGCGGGGGGCCUGGAGCGGAGAAGACCAGCGCCUCUGAAGUGAGUAGCUGCCCUGAGCUGUGAGCCCUCUAGAACAUCACUAAUGAUUACCUGGCAUUUCUGUGUCACAGGCAGGUCCUCAGGGUUCGUGCAAGUUUGCAAACAUGUUCACCGUUUCUCAGACCUCGAGAGCAUGGUUCAUCGAUAGGGCCCGUCAAGCUCGAGAGGAAAGGCUUGUGCAGAAGGAACGGGAGCGGGCAGCUGUCGAGAUUCAGGCCCAUGUUCGGAGUUUCCUGUGUCGGAGUCGGCUGCAAAGAGAAAUCAGGAGAGAGAUCGAUGAGUUUUUUAAAGCAGAUGAUGCUGAGGCCAGUAAAAGAAGUGCACUUUGUAUUUUUAAGAUUGCCAGGAAACUGCUGUUCCUGUUCAGAAUUAAAGAGGAUAAUGAGAGAUUUGAGAAGUUGUGUCGCUGUAUCCUGAGCAGCAUGGAGGCUGAGAAUGAACCCAAGGUGUGGUAUGUGUCCCUGGCUCUUUCCAAGGAUCUCACUCUCCUGUGGAUUAAACAGAUCAAACAUGUUCUUUGGUAUUGCUGUGAGUUUCUUGAGCAGCUCAAGCCUGAAAUUUUACAGGAUUCCAGACUUAUCACGCUGUACCUCACGAUGCUUGUCACCUUCACAGACACUUCAACGUGGAAAAUUCUCCGUGGGAAAGGGGAGACUCUUCGACCAGCCAUGAACCACAUUUGUGCAAACAUCAUGGGACAUCUCAACCAACAUGGAUUUUACUCUGUGCUGCAGAUCUUGUUAACCCGUGGCCUGGCAAGACCCCGGCCUUGUUUGUCCAAAGGCACUUUAACUGCAACCUUUUCUCUAGCGUUGCGCCCUGUGAUUGCCGCACAAUUUUCAGACAAUCUGAUUCGGCCAUUCCUCAUCCACAUCAUGUCUGUGCCUGCUCUUGUGACUCAUCUCAGCACAGUGACCCCUGAGCGCCUCACUGUUUUAGAAUCUCAUGACAUGCUUCGUAAAUUCAUCACAUUUUUAAGAAAUGAAGAUCGAUGCCGUGAUGUAUGUGAAAGCUUAGAAGGAUGCCAUACACUCUGUCUGAUGGGCAACCUCCUACACUUGGGCUCCCUCAGCCCCAAAGUGUUAGAGGAGGAGACAGACGGGUUCGUGAGUUUACUCACCCAGAUGCUGUGCUACUGUCAGAAGUACGUGUCCCAGAAGAAAUCCAACCUGACACACUGGCACCCCGUCCUUGGCUGGUUCUCCCAAUCUGUGGACUAUGGCCUUAACGAGUCAAUGCCCUUGAUCACUAAGCAGCUGCAGUUCCUGUGGGGGGUGCCUCUGAUCCGGAUCUUCUUCAGUGACAUCCUGAGCAAGAAGCUGGUGGAGAACCAGGAACCAGCCCAUGUGCAGCCAGCAUCACCCCAGAAUGUGCUUCCUGUAAAGAAUCUCCUGAAGCGUGCAUUUCAGAAGUCUGCAUCCGUUCGGAAUAUCCUCAGGCCUGUUGGGGGUAAGCGUGUGGACUCUGUGGAGGUCCAGAAGGUCUGCAACAUCUGUGUCCUCUACCAGACCUCACUGACGACUCUGACCCAGAUCCGGCUGCAGAUACUCACAGGUCUCACUUACCUUGAUGACCUGCUCCCCAAACUGUGGGCGUUUAUCUGUGAGCUCGGGCCCCAUGGAGGGUUAAAGCUCUUCUUGGAAUGCCUCAACAAUGACACUGAAGAGUCCAAGCAGCUCUUGGCCAUGCUGAUGCUGUUCUGUGACUGCUCCCGGCACCUCAUCACGAUCCUUGAUGACAUUGAAGUAUAUGAAGAACAAAUUUCAUUCAAACUGGAAGAACUGGUUACUAUCUCCUCUUUCCUGAACUCCUUUGUGUUUAAGAUGAUCUGGGAUGGAAUCGUAGAGAACGCCAAGGGUGAGACGUUAGAGCUAUUCCAGUCUGUCCACGGGUGGCUGAUGGUGCUGUAUGAGCGGGACUGCCGGCGGCGCUUUGCUCCUGAAGACCACUGGCUGCGAAAGGAUCUCAAACCUAGUGUGCUCUUCCAAGAACUGGACAAGGACAGGAAGCGGGCCCAGCUGAUCCUGCAGUACAUCCCUCAUGUCAUCCCUCACAAAAACAGAGUUCUCCUGUUCCGAAACAUGGUCACCAAGGAGAAGGAGAAACUGGGGCUUGUGGAGACCAGCUCAGCCUCUCCCCACGUCACUCAUAUUACCAUCCGACGGUCCCGGAUGCUUGAGGACGGCUAUGAGCAACUUCGGCAGCUCUCCCAGCAUGCCAUGAAGGGCGUGAUCCGAGUGAAGUUCGUCAACGACCUUGGGGUGGACGAGGCAGGCAUUGACCAGGAUGGUGUUUUCAAGGAGUUCUUGGAGGAAAUCAUCAAGAGGGUAUUCGACCCAGCACUCAAUCUGUUCAAGACAACCAGCGGGGACGAGAGGCUCUACCCCUCUCCCACGUCCUACAUUCAUGAGAACUACCUGCAGCUCUUCGAAUUUGUGGGCAAGAUGCUGGGAAAGGCCGUAUAUGAGGGAAUUGUGGUAGACGUGCCCUUCGCAUCCUUCUUCCUGAGCCAGCUGCUCGGGCACCACCACAGUAUCUUCUAUAGCUCUGUGGAUGAGCUUCCUUCACUGGACUCCGAGUUCUAUAAAAACCUCACGUCCAUUAAGCGGUACGACGGGGACAUCGCUGACCUGGGCCUGACUCUGUCAUAUGACGAGGACGUUAUGGGUCAGCUUGUUUGCCAUGAACUGAUUCCUGGAGGGAAGACCAUUCCUGUUACGAAUGAAAAUAAGAUUAGCUACAUCCAUCUGAUGGCACAUUUUCGGAUGCACACUCAAAUAAAAAACCAGACAGCUGCCCUCAUUAGUGGAUUCCGCUCCAUUAUCAAGCCCGAGUGGACCCGGAUGUUCUCAACCCCUGAGCUACAGCGUCUCAUCUCCGGUGACAAUGCCGAGAUUGAUCUGGAAGAUUUAAAGAAGCACACGGUGUACUACGGUGGAUUUCACGGAAGUCACAGAGUCAUCAUCUGGCUCUGGGAUAUUCUGGCCUCCGACUUCACACCUGAUGAGAGAGCAAUGUUUCUGAAGUUUGUGACCAGCUGCUCCAGGCCCCCGCUCCUGGGAUUUGCCUACCUCAAGCCUCCUUUCUCCAUCCGCUGUGUCGAAGUGUCAGAUGAUCAGGACACUGGGGACACCCUGGGCAGUGUCCUCCGGGGCUUCUUCACCAUCCGCAAGCGGGAGCCAGGUGGCCGGCUGCCCACCUCCUCCACCUGCUUCAACCUGCUCAAGCUGCCCAACUACAGCAAGAAGAGCGUUCUCCGGGAGAAGUUGAGGUACGCCAUCAGCAUGAACACGGGCUUCGAACUCUCCUAGCCCUCACUCCCAUCACCUUCCCUGGCUGGCUCCUGGGAGCCCAGGAACCUUCAGCUCCAGGGGGACAGCGUCGCCCUGGGAGUGGGUGACCAACAAGCCAGGUGACCUCUUACUCUCUAUAGCCAUGAGACUCCCCUGUGGCCUCAACAACUUGGGACGCACGUGACGACUACAUAGCAUUCUCCAGGUGACACUGAUGGGAAGGGUGUUGAGAAUAAACCUCCAGGUUUCACCAGCGCUGGUCCUUUUCUCCUGCUUUCUGGGGCCUAAAGCCCAGGCCAGUGACCACAGAGAGCCUUCUCCUCUUGAUAGUUUGGUUUUCUGGUGAGUCUUUUCUUUCCUUAACUUUCUGAAUGAGCUGUGCGUGAACAAGUCCCAGGAACUCCAAGGGUCCAGAGCAGUUUUCAUGAUUCGGUCCUAAAUGCACAAAGCCCACUACGGGCGAGAUGCUCUCCUUCCGUCUCUGAAAACUCUUUACUCAGGUAAGGGCUGGCCAAGCCUCUAUGCACUCGACAAAGUCUCUGCCUCUGUCCCGUCUGCAGCGGCCUCUCUCCACAUAGUCAGGCUCACCUGCUCCCCAGGGAAGCAGAGGUGCCUGCCAGGAAGCCUGUGGAGCCCAGGAAGUUUGGGGCACUGCCCCCACCUUGAAACCACGCAUUCCACACUUGGCAGUGUCUCCUCCCGUCUCACCUCAGAAGCUCUGAGUCCUCAGCAGGCUGAGCUGCCAGGAGGCCUCCACUGGCUUGAUCCCGUCUCGUCUGUUCACAUUGGCACUCUGGCUUUGGGGAAAAAAAAAAAACCCACUGGCCCUUAAAAGCAGGUCCGUUUCCAGUGGGUGCUGGCUCUUCCCUAAAGCCUGCUGAUUCCUAAGGGGGCAGCUGCCUUCCUCCCCUGCUUGUUUGCCCUGCUCAUUGUUUAGUAAGGAACAAACACUAGCCGAGUCACCCAGCCCGGCCGGGCAUUGGCUUUCCUCUGUUGAUGGGAAAAUCCUGAGAAACUUGGGUCUUGCCACUCAUUUUUCCUCAGCAUGGGGCACCAGGAGCCCUUCAUACUUACAGAAGCUCAAAGGGCCGAGGAGACUCUGGGUUAGGUUUUUUGGGGUUUUGGUUUUUUUUACUUCAUUUUCUCUUCCAACCCAUUGUGCUCCUUUGCCCUCAUUUUUCCCCCUUAUCAUGAGAACAUUAUCCUAGAUCCAGGGAAUUGAGACAGAGGCCGUGUCUGUGGUCUAUGUUGACAGCCAUCACCCCUCGCCCUCCCAUCAAGUUCCUCCUGCAUCCCCAAGAUCAAAGCCAGGAGUACCUGGUCCCUCCUCUGUUCUGUGGAGCCGGCUGGGGGUGUGUGCAGCUUUCUACCGAGCAGCAAAGCACCCUCCGGCAAAAAUCUUCAUGUUGGUGGCAAAGUGGGUGAAACUGAUCUCCAUGGCUUCCCAUCAGAGGGUUGCAGCUGGGUGCCAUGUCCUGCCCAGGUCGCAGCCUGGCUCUAGUAGGGUCCCCAGGCUUCUGGAAAACAGAGUUUAUGUUUUACUUUGAUGGAAAGAUGACACGGAAUUUAAAGACAGACAGGAAUUUGUUAUUUAAAAUUUGUCAGCAGCCUCUGAUUCUAUGAAUUUGCCACUUUAAAUACUCGACUCCUUUGAAGACCUCCUCUGAGGACCUCCUCUGAGCAUGUGUGUGUGCUCAUGCACGCACUGAGCAGGUUUGUACAUUUGUGCUGGGGCCCAGAUGACUGUCAGCCUGCACAAAGACAUUUGCUUCUGUCUUGACCCUGAUGACCUGAGGAUCCGCCAGUGUGGGGCUAUGGAGAGAGCGGUUGCUAAGUUCUGACAUCAACUUUAUUUGUUCUUUCAACAAGGAGAGGUGUGGUUUGUAAUUUCUUUAAAUUUUUCUCUUCAGCUGGAAAUAUUGCACUAAAACACUGAAUCUGUACUUUAUGGUUGGUGUUCAUUGACACCUUGAUGGCUCUUGAUGGCUCUAAAAAGUUGUGGGGUGGUUUUUGUUUUGUUUUUGUUCAUAGAUAACCUAGGGAUUAAAACGUGAUCAACGGCUUUAUUAAAUUUGUACUUCAGCACAU